AUGAAGUUGUUCGUCAAGACUCUCCCGUAUGAGUUCCGUAACCGGAUGGCUAGCACAUACGUGGAGAACUUCAACCAACUUAUCCCAGUGGGUGAACAGAUCGAGAUGAGGCUAAGGGAUGGAUGGUUCAAUGAACCGACUCAUCAAGGCAAAAGGUUCACCAUGAAGAAAGAUAAAGAGCCAGCCACUGAAGUCAAUGUUGCAUAUGCACAACCAGCCCCAAGUAAGCCUCCAAUGGUUCGCAUCCCCGGGAAUCAGCAAGAUGGAGGCCGAGUGCUGCACAGCGGCAAUUCACCAAAAGGCAGUUCUCUCCUCUUCCCUGGCCCUCUAUCUCGGGUCUUGCCGAUACUCCGAAAGAAGGGAUUGAUCUCCCAUGAACCAAAGCGACCCAAUGCUGAAAAGUUCUCCAACUAUGAUCCCUCCAAAAAAUGUGAGUAUCAUAUGGGAGAGAAGAAUCCAUUGCCGGAACAUCAGGGAAACGUGAAUGCAAUCUUUGAGUUCAAUGCUGGCAAAAAGAUGAACUUGAAGGUGUCUAUCAAAGAUAUCUAUAGGGGAUUAGUCGAGUUGGUUACUAUCCGACGAGAUGAGAAUCCUCCUUUGCCUACCAUGAAGGAAAGGGUUCAAGAAAUGGUUAAAGCUGGCAUGAUCGUGUCUAGUCGGACCUAUGCUCAAGCUAAUGCCCAACCUGCAAAGCCAGUUACUGACGAAGAGGCCAAAGAAUUUCUGGCUAUAAUCAAAGCAAGUUCUAAGCGAAGUUCAUGUACCGAGACGAUCGAGGUAAACAGGUUGGAGGAAUUUGUAGGGUCAAUUCUUCUUAAGGAUUUAAUAGCCUUUUCUGAUGAAGAAUUCCCUCUUGAGGGGAGGGGACAUACUAAGGCAUUAUAUAUAUCCGUCAAGUGUAAGGCUUCCCAUGUGGCUCGAGUACUCAUUGAUAAUGGGUCUGCCUUGAAUAUCUGUCCAUUGGCGACUCUUCACCGCCUUAAAAUAGAUCCUUCAAAAAUAAAUGCUGCAAAGACCUCCAUCCGAGCUUUUGAUGUUACGAGAAAGGAGGUUAUAGGGGAGACCCACCUCGAACUGCAAAUAGGACCGGUGAUGUUCAACGUCCUUUUCCAGGUGAUGGACAUUCCUACAGCAUUCAAUUUCCUAUUAGGCCGUCCCUGGAUUCAUACUGCAGGAGCUGUGCCAUCAAGUCUCCACCAAAGCGUGAAAUUUGUCGUCGAAGGAAAGUUAGUCAUUGUUCAUGGCGAGGAGGAUCAUCGGAUCUAUCAUGAGACGGCAAUCCCCUAUAUCGAGCCGGAGCGUAGGGAGGAGUCAAGCUACCAAUCGUUCGAACUUGUCUCCACUAUUCAUGCAUCUCGAGGGUCGACAGCACCCACCCCUGAUGUGUCAAAUGCAGCAGUUAUGGUAGCAAGAGUGAUGGUUGGAAAUCGCUUUAUUCCUGGCCGUGGACUUGGUAGAAGAGAGCAGGGUAUUCGGAAUCCUAUUGAAGCCCCUCGAAGGAGGAGUGACCCCACCCGAGAUAUCGUGCCCGAUGGAUGGAAAAGCAUGGAUGACCCGACAGCUUCAAAGACAGAGGAUCCAGAUAAUGGGAUGGAAGGGAUCACGACCCUAUUCGAUGAUCUCCUUAUAGGUGCCAUUGACGAAGAAGCAUCGGAGGAAACGGGUGCUAGCCCACAAGAGAGCAGCCUUAUGGCAGGCAAGGAGGUGAAAAUGGUCCAAUCCAAUGCCAUGUGUGAUGACGAUGAUGACCCUGAUGAUCCAAAUGGUGACUCCAUUGAAGUACAACAAAGUUGGGAGCACCAUGAAAAACCCAAAGUUCUCACCUCCGAGCAAACCGUCACCAUCAAUUUGAGUGAUGACGAGGAUCCUAAAGAAAUAAAGAUUGGGGCAAAUCUUCCCAAAGAUGAGGCCGAGCACCUGACUCAGUUGUUGAAAGAAUAUCAGGAUAUCUUUGCCUGGACGUAUGCUGAUAUGCCAGGUUUAGAUCCGUCAAUUGUGGAACACUGUUUGCCCACCAAUCCAGAUAUGCGCCCUAAGAAGCAGAAGCUUCGGAGGACUAAACCGGAGCUCUCAAAGAAGAUAGAAGAGGAAGUAAUGAAACUCCUCAAAGUGGGAUUCAUCGAAGUCUCGCAAUACCCUGAAUGGGUGGCCAACAUAGUACCGGUCAUGAAGAAAGACGGUCGAGUCCGAGUGUGUGUUGAUUAUCGGGAUUUGAAUAAGGCCAGCCCAAAGGACGACUUCCCAUUGCCACAUAUCGAUGUUCUCGUGGAUAGUACUGCUGGAUUUGAAUUAUUCUCUUUCAUGGAUGGUUUUUUUGGCUACAACCAGAUAAGAAUGAAAGAUGAAGAUAAAGAGAAGACAGCAUUUAUCACCCCGUGGGGAACCUUUCAUUAUAAGGUCAUGCCUUUCGGACUAAAGAAUGCAGGGGCAACUUACCAGCGAGCCAUGGUUACUUUGUUCCAUGACAUGAUGCAUGAAGAAAUCGAGGUAUAUGUCGACGAUAUGAUUGCAAAAACCCGACCUGGGAAAAGUCAUGUUGAAACCCUUAAGAAGUUAUUUGAUCGGCUUCGUGAAUUCAAACUCCGUUUAAAUCCUGCCAAGUGCGUGUUCGGGGCAGCAUCAGGAAAAUUACUUGGGUUUAUGGUGAGUAGCAAAGGGAUCGAAAUUGACCCAUCUAAAGCCAAGGCAAUAUGUGAGUUGCAACCUCCGUCGACAGUGAAGGAGGUCCGGAGUCUCCUAGGGAGACUGAAUUACAUUGCACGAUUCAUUUCCCAACUCUCAGAGACCGCUAAGCCAUUCUUCAAACUCUUGAGGAAAAACGUACGAGUUGAGUGGAAUGAUGAAUGUCAAGAGGCGUUCAACAAACUGAAGCAAUAUUUGACAAAUCCGCCAGUUCUUGUCCCACCAAUAUCGGGGCAUCCUUUGAUUUUGUACCUCACAAUCCAUAGUGAGUCACUCGGCGCGAUCUGCGACAAGUACACCUUGCAUUACCAGACAUUUCUCGUAACUGAGAACAAUCCCAUCAAGUAUUUAUUUAACCAACCAGCUUUGGUGGGUAAGCUAGCCAAAUGGCAGGUCUUGAUUUCGGAAUUCGACGUACAGUUCAUGCCACAAAAAUCAGUUAAAGGCCGAGUAAUUGCUGAUAUAUUGGCUGAGAAUCCUAGAAACUUGAAUGAUGAUGAUUGUCCUUUGGAUGAUCGUAUUUUGGCCAUAAGUGAAGAUGCAUGGUCUAUGUUCUUUGAUGGAGCUGUGAACUUGUCCGGUUCUGGUACUGGGGCAGUAUUAAUAUCCCCAGACGGACAACACUUCCCAGUAGCCGCGAAAUUAAUAUUCCCAUGCACUAACAAUAUUGCUGAAUACGAAGCUUGUAUUCUCGGACUUCAGGCCGCAAUUGAAAUGGGACUGGCCAAAUUGAAAGUAUAUGGAGAUUCUGCACCGAUCAUACUCCGGAUCGUAGGUAAAUGGAAGACCAGGGAUGCCAAAUUACUGCCAUAUCAUAAGUACCUCGAAGAGUUGGUGAAGGAGUUCGAUGAAAUUUCAUUUGACUACUUGGCUAGAUCCCAUAAUCAGUUCGCCGAUGCCUUGGCAACGUUGUCAUCUAUGUUGCAAGUUACUGAUGGUUUAGAAGUUGAGCCUUUGAAAAUUGAGGUUCUAGCCAAACCUUCUUAUUGCAUGGCCGUGAAUAAAGAGCUUGAUGAGAAGCCAUGGUAUUGCGACAUCAUGAACUAUAUCCAAAAGCAGGAAUUUCCUGAAGGGAGCACUACAGCCGAUAGAAAGUACAUAAUGAAGAUGGCCUCAAAGUUCUUCGUCAGUGGUAAGAACUUAUACAAGAGAUCUUACGAUUCAGUUUUAUUGAGAUGCGUAGAUGAAGCAGAAGCCACCCAAAUCAUGCAAGAAGUGCAUGAAGGAGUUUGUGGCCCACACAUGAAUGGGCACAUGUUAGCCAAGAAGAUCAUGAGACUAGGUUACUAUUGGCUUGCGCUGGAAAGUGACUGCAUACAGCAUGUCAGAAGUUGCCAUCGUUGCCAAAUUCAUGGAGAUAAAAUAAAUGUUCCUCCAACGGAGUUGCACCAGCUAUCGAGCCAUGGCCUUUCUCAAUGUGGGGGAUUGAUGUAA